GACUCCCGCAUGCUAUAUACUACUGUAGCUAGCUCGUGCCAGACUCUCCUAGUAGCGGGAGAAACGAAAACUGAUAGCCCAUAGUGGUAUAGCGCAUGCGCAGUUCGCCGAGGGUUUGCUCUUUAGUUUUUCAUCACCGAAAUGCCAGUCGCGUAGAGACGUCUGCCGGAGAAUAGGCACGGUGAGAUCGGAGGAUCAACACCACGCGCACAGAAAAGCACUUGGCGUCCCUGUGGCCGUAGCUAUGGACAGAGUGUCUGGUCGCCGGAGAGCGCACGCAACACUAUUACACAUGCUCAUGGUGUAUGUACCAUGUCUAUCACUAAUCAAGUCACUGAAAGGUGUCCAAGGUCUGUCCCUGUGUUCCUCUCCAUCAUCUGAGGAUGGUAUCAUAUCAGUCUGUCCUGCCACCACUGUCACCCUCACCUGUACUGCCAGUGGAGUUGUGGCUCUGGGAUGGAGAAACCAGAAUGGUGCAAUACGUGGAUUCUCUGCCAGUGAUCCAGAGUCCAUGGUGAUAGAAGAAGGUCCCUACACUCUGACUCUAGUCUCAGUAGACAAUGAUGAUGGCGAUUCUGAUGCUGACUUAACCUCUACACUGGAGGUCACCUACUCCUGUGACACCCACCUGGUUCUGGUGGGAGAGACUGUGACCACAUGCUCUCUUCCUUCUCUAACAUGGCUGCCUUGUAUUGGCAAUGUCACCUGUGUGCAGCCAUCAGCUGUCGCCCCUUCUACCACACCUUCUAUUCAUUCAACUUCUCCUAGAAAUUCCAUUGGUGUUAUUGCUGGAUCUGUGUUGGCGUCACUGUUCUUGGUUGGAAUAACCGUGGUCACCCUCAUUGUACUAGUUUUUGUAUACAAAGACCGAUUGAAGAAAUGGAAAGUGUCAAGAGUUGUGCAAGAUAACUGUUACGGUGCCCAGGAGAUGCUGAUGAGACCUGGCAGCAGUACUGGGACUCUUUCAGUCUCCACCUCCCCCCCUCUUCAUUCACCUCGGGCCCUCCCAUCCUACGACGUCAUCACCACCACCGGCAGUAGUGUCCCUUACUACAGUCAUGUUGACCCAACUACCGAGGCCUCCGGCAAUGGAUCCUCCUCCACUGUGGUGUACAGUGAGACCAUCGAGUCUAUGCGAAGAGUGGUGGCAUCUCACAGUACAGAUGAUGGCCUUGUCACUUCUCACCAGCCCACCCUACCCUCUCAGUACUCUACUAUGGGACCCACCUCACUUCAGGCACCACAAGGGGAGAAGUAUGCUGAAUUGGUGUUUGAGAGUAGCGGAGGGCCCCCCAUGCCAUCUCUGGAUACUCUGGUGCCACCUGUCCAGUACACUAUGGUCAAACCCUCAAACAAACCUCAUCCAAAGUCUCAUAGACCUGACCCUUGUGAACGCAGUGAUGUCUCAGUUGGCCCUGACAAACAUCCACUAGAAUACUGUGAGAUGUGA